CAAAGAAACAUCGAAUGGAUAUUUUAUAUGUGUCAUUGGAAAUAUUAUGACAUGCAUUGUUAUAAUUAAAAGUCCAUCAUUACGAAAUGUCACGAAUUAUUAUCUUUUUAAUCUUGCUAUUUCGGAUUUGUUACUAUUGAUCAGUGGUAUAAUUCUUCAUUUACAACUUUUAUGGAUGAAGUACUUCUUGAUAGGAGGUAUUGUUCUUUGUAAAGUUCUUCCUUAUUUAUACGAUGUAGCUUACAAAGUAUCAGUAUUGACAGUGUUUGCAUUUUCAUUCGAACGUUACCUUGCAAUUUGUCAUCCUCUAAGUUUUAGAAACGUGAAAACUUUAAAAAGGACUAUUACAUCAAUAAUCGUUUUAUGGAUAGUCGGAUUAAUAUUUUCAUUAAAUCAGUUGUUUCAACAUUUAAUAAAAUAUGUCUUUCAAUUUUCUUCUGAUUUAAUUAUUGAUCCAGAAAAUCUAUUGGCAUGUGAUUAUAUAGACAAAUUGAAUCGUUACAUAAAUGAUUAUUUGAAUUUUUUUAUUUUCUUUAUUUUGCCAAUGAUCGUAAUAACUAUUUUAUACAUAAAAAUGGGACAAAAAUUGCGAGAUAGUUGUCAAAAGAACACAUUAAAUUAUGGAAAGAGUUGUCGUCAAUUUCAGUCCAGACAAUCUUCAAUUAAAAUGUUGAGUAUGUAAACAAAUUGUUUUAAUUUGAUGAAUUACUAAUAAAAAAUUUAUCCUAUUUAUUUUAA